UCACAUCUGUGAAGGGUCAAGGGACAUCACUUGUCAACCAACCAUGUCAGGCUUGCGUUAUGCUGUCAGUCGUCUUGGACAAAGGUCGUUUGCGGUGCUGCCAUCUCUGAUAGCAAGGCAGUUGUCAACCCUAGAUGAAAUCACGUUGUCCCACCAAACACAAACAGAGGAAAACAGAGGAUUCUGUUUCGCAAUGACUGAAGAGCAAGUCCAAUAUAAAGAAAUGGCAAGGAAAUUUGCAAGGGAAGUGAUUGCACCCCAAGCGGCCCACUUUGACAGGACAGGAGAGUUUCCAUGGGACAUCCUCAAACAAGCAUUUGACUUAGGCCUAACAAAUAGUGCAAUUCCUGCAAGCAUAGGUGGUCCGGGUCUGGGGAUACUGGAUGCCUGCAUUGUUGCGGAAGAACUAUCUUGGGGAUGCACUGGAAUAUCAACAGCUUCGACGGCAUCUGGAUUGGCUCAAAUGCCUGUUGUGGUGGCAGGGAAUGAUCAACAGCAGCGGAAGUACCUGGGACGAAUGCUGGAAGAACCUAUGACUGCUGCUUACGGUGUCACCGAACCAGGCGCUGGGUCUGAUGUGGCUGGCAUUAAAACUAAAGCCGAAAAGAAGGGAAACGAGUGGGUACUUAAUGGCGAAAAGAUGUGGAUCACGAAUGGUGGUGUCGCUAACUGGUUCUUUGUGUUGGCUAAAACUGAUCCAGACAAGAGAGCAGGCGAAGCUUUCACUGGGUUUAUUGUGGACGCUGAUGCUCCAGGUGUUACUCCCGGCAAGAAAGAAUGGAAUAUGGGACAAGUAGCAUCUGAUACCCGUGGUGUCAAGUUUGAAGAUGUUAUUGUCCCUGACGAAAAUGUUCUCGCUAAGCAGGGUCUUGGUUUCAAGGUUGCCAUGACAGCAUUUGACAAGACUCGACCGUUGGUAGCUGCGUCGGCUAUUGGCCUUGCUCAGAGGGCACUAGAUGAGGCAACACAAUAUUCUCUGCAGAGGAAAACGUUUGGAAAACGAAUUGCUGAACAUCAGGCUGUUGCCUUCAUGUUGGCAGAUAUGGCUAUUGGAAUUGAAGCUUCAAGGAGUAUAACAUAUCGGUCAGCGUGGGAAGUGGACCAGGGUCGCUCGAAUACAUACUAUGCCUCUAUUGCCAAAGCCCUUGCGUCUGAUGUGGCAAACAAGGCAGCAGCAGACGCUGUACAGAUAUUUGGUGGGAAUGGGUACAACAAGGACUAUCCUGUUGAGAAACUGAUACGUGAUGCUAAGAUCUUCCAGAUCUAUGAAGGUACAUCACAGAUCCAGCGUGGUAUCAUAGCAAAGGAUGUCAUAAAGCAGGCAAUGCAAACCAUGUGAUUAUUUUUUGAGAGUACUGUACUGUCAUGAAUCACAUGUAACCACUUACUAUGAUGAGAUAGUGUUGACUGAUUCAUUCAUUGUACUGUACACAGCUAGUUUAUUGAUGUAGUUGACACCUUUUGUCUGGAAUUAAUUUCAAGAAUGCUGAUAUAAAUGUUCAAACUCUCAUGCACAUACAUACCAGAUUA